AAGAGAUCAACACGCAAUUGAAUCCAUCUACUAUAUAAAACACACAUACACACACUUACAAAAACACAUUCCAACUUCAAAUUUUCUCCAUACAAAAAAAACAAACUAAAUUAGUUGUUAAUUUUCUUUGAAAAUGAAAAUUUUGAUUUUCCUAAUGAUGUUUCUAGCUAUAGUGCUAGUAACAAAUGGGAAUAAUAAUCUAGUAGAAACAACAUGUAAGAACACACCAAAUUAUGAGUUAUGUGUGAAAACUUUGGUUUCAGACAAAAGAAGUGGAACAGCAAGGGAUAUAACAACAUUAGCAUUAAUAAUGGUGGAUGCUAUUAAAUCUAAAGCUAAUCAAGCUGCUAAUACUAUUUCAAAACUUAGGCAUUCUAAUCCUCCUGCUGCUUGGAAAGAUCCUUUGAAGAAUUGUGCCUUUUCGUAUAAGGUAAUUUUAACAGCAAGCAUGCCAGAAGCCAUAGAAGCAUUGACAAAAGGUGAUCCAAAAUUUGCAGAAGAUGGAAUGGUAGGUUCUUCUGGUGAUGCCCAAGAAUGUGAAGAAUAUUUCAAAGCUACAACUACUAAAUAUUUACCACUUUCUAAAUUAAAUAUAGUUGUUCAUGAACUUUCUGAUAUUGGUAGAGCUAUUGUAAGAAAUUUAUUGUGAAAUGUCAUGUGUUAUUAUGUGUCUUACACUUUUUCAUUUUCAUAAAUUAGUGACAUGUGUAAUGGAACCCCUCUUAAUUAUAAGGAAAAAAAUGUAUCAUGAAUAUUUAUACAAGUGUAACACUCUUAUCUAAUAUCCAA